GUGUAUUUGUCGUCUCGUUUGCUGCUGUUCGGUUCGUUUCGGUUCGGUUCAACGAGCAAAGUGAAAAUUUUUAUAUUUUUUAACAAUAAAAAAUUUGAAAAAUUUUCCAUAAAACCUUCAGAGCGUUGAAUGAAGGUUAUUCCUUGCUAACUUAAAUUGCAUUUUUUUGUAUGGAAAUCGUAACGCGUCCAUUCCGUUGUGUGAUUGACGUGUGAAUUGCAUGUGCCUGCGUCUCUGCCCAGCAGAAAAGGUCGUCGUUGAAGUCGGAGUCGUCGUCACAGUCGUUAAAGCAAAAGCAGCAAUAGGGAAGUUGGAAAAAGAAAAUAAUUAAAAACUGGAAAUAGGAAGCAGGAGUGGAAAAAUAGCCAAUAAUUGUUCAACCAAAGGAUCGUUUUCACUAUAGGGAUAGCGUAGAAAUAAGAAAGAAAACUGCAGUGGAGCGGUGCUAAUUGGAAGUGUAAUUGCAGUGCAAUCGAAUUUGCUGCACCCUAUCGAUAAAAUUCUUAAUUCUUAAAUAGUUUAACGGUCUCAUCAGUACCGCUGUAGCCAUCAAAAUGUCUGCGGAACGAGAGAUUCCAGCGGAGGACAGUAUCAAAGUAGUCUGUCGUUUUCGUCCGCUCAACGACAGCGAGGAAAGGGCCGGCUCCAAAUUCGUCGUGAAAUUUCCUAACAGCACUGAAGAAAAUUGCAUUUCCAUUGCGGGCAAAGUAUAUUUGUUCGACAAAGUCUUCAAGCCAAAUGCAUCCCAAGAGAAAGUGUACAAUGAAGCCGCAAAGUCUAUUGUCACAGAUGUUCUGGCCGGUUACAACGGUACGAUUUUUGCCUACGGUCAGACAUCUUCCGGUAAGACACACACCAUGGAGGGUGUUAUCGGUGAUCCUGUCAAGCAAGGUAUCAUACCGCGUAUAGUCAACGAUAUCUUCAAUCACAUCUACACAAUGGAGAUGAACCUCGAGUUUCACAUUAAGGUCUCAUACUAUGAAAUUUAUAUGGAUAAGAUUCGUGAUUUGCUUGAUGUCUCGAAAGUUAAUCUGAGCGUGCACGAGGACAAGAAUCGUGUGCCGUACGUUAAAGGCGCUACAGAACGUUUUGUGUCGUCACCUGAAGAUGUAUUCGAGGUGAUUGAGGAGGGAAAAUCGAAUCGGCACAUUGCUGUGACAAACAUGAAUGAACAUUCUUCACGUUCGCAUUCAGUAUUUUUAAUUAAUGUAAAACAAGAGAACUUGGAGAAUCAAAAGAAGCUAUCCGGCAAAUUGUAUCUUGUGGAUUUGGCUGGUUCGGAGAAAGUAUCAAAAACUGGUGCCGAAGGUACUGUACUCGAUGAAGCCAAAAACAUCAACAAGUCAUUGUCCGCCUUGGGUAAUGUGAUUUCCGCACUGGCGGACGGUAAUAAGACGCACAUACCGUAUCGUGAUUCGAAGUUGACGCGUAUCUUGCAAGAGUCUUUGGGUGGUAAUGCACGCACCACAAUUGUGAUUUGUUGUUCGCCAGCUAGUUUUAAUGAGGCUGAAACCAAAUCGACAUUAGAGUUCGGUCGACGCGCCAAGACCGUGAAGAAUGUGGUAUGUGUCAACGAGGAACUUACUGCUGAAGAAUGGAAACGACGAUAUGAGAAGGAGAAGGAAAAAAAUGCACGCCUCAAGGGUAAGAUUGAGAAGCUGGAAUUGGAGUUGGCUCGCUGGCGCGCCGGUGAAACGGUUAAUGCCGAAGAGCAGGUCAACGUAGAUGACGUCAUGGAGGCGAGUACACCCAAUUUGGAAGUUGAGACUCCUGCGCCCGCUGCUGGUCCAGUACCUGCCACUCCAGCUGCCGGUCUUAUGGUGGGCUCAAUCAGCAGCGAUGAGCGUACACGUCUGGAAGCUGAACGUGAACGCCUCUACCAGCAGUUGGAUGAGAAAGAUGAAGAAAUUAAUCAGCAGAGCCAGUAUGUGGAGAAUCUGAAGGAUCAGAUUUUAGAGCAGGAAGAACUCAUUGCGAAUGCACGCCGGGAAUACGAGGCACUGCAGUCGGAAAUGGCACGCAUUCAACAGGAAAACGAAUCGGCCAAGGAAGAAGUGAAAGAAGUUCUACAAGCACUCGAGGAGUUGGCUGUUAACUAUGACCAGAAGUCGCAGGAAAUUGACACCAAAAACAAGGAUAUCGAUGCCCUGAACGAGGAAUUGCAACAAAAGCAGACACUACUCAAUACGACUACAUCAGAGCUGCAGCAACUGAAGGAUAUGUCAUCGCAUCAGAAGAAACGCAUCAAUGAGAUGUUGACCAAUCUUUUGCGUGAUCUAGCCGAAGUUGGACAGGCAUUGGCCACAAGUGACUCUGGCGUCGAUAUGAAGAUGAACAGUGUUACCGGUGCGGGCGAUGCGACUAAGGUAGAGGAAGACUUCACCAUGGCGCGCCUAUACAUUAGUAAAAUGAAGACAGAGGCGAAGAAUAUGGCCCAGCGUUGUGUCAACAUGGAAACGCAGCAGGUGGACUCGAAUAAGAAAUUGUCCGAGUACGAAAAAGACCUGGGUGAAUACCGUCUAUUGAUCUCACAACAUGAGGCACGCAUGAAGUCGCUGCAAGAAUCAAUGCGAGAGGCUGAAAACAAGAAGCGUACACUUGAAGAACAAAUUGAUUCGCUGCGUGAGGAAUGCGCCAAACUGAAGGCAGCCGAGCAUGUGUCCGCUGUGAACGCUGAAGAGAAACAAAAAGCGGAGGAGCUACGUUCCAUGUUUGAUUCGCAAAUGGAUGAGCUGCGUGAAGCGCACACCAGACAAGUGUCCGAAUUGCGUGAUGAGAUACUGGCCAAGCAGCAUGAGAUGAGCGAGAUGAAGGAUGUAUACCAAAAAUUGAUCUUGGCACACCAGCAGAUGACAGCUGACUAUGAGAAAUUGAAGCAAGAGGAAGCCGAUAAAUCCAAUAAGCUACAGGACAUCAUUUUAACCAACGAGAGACGCGAACAGGCACGCAAGGACUUAAAGGGUCUCGAAGAUACCGUAGCAAAGGAACUGCAGACGCUUCAUAACCUCAGGAAACUCUUCGUGCAAGAUUUACAGGCGCGCAUCAAGAAGACCGUGAUCAACGAAGACAACGAAGAGGAUGGCUGCUCUUUAGCACAAAAACAGAAAAUCUCUUUCCUCGAAAACAAUCUCGAUCAGCUGACAAAGGUGCAUAAGCAAUUGGUGCGUGACAAUGCCGAUCUGCGCUGUGAACUGCCGAAGUUAGAGAAGCGACUACGCACCACUAUGGAGCGUGUUAAGGCACUGGAGUCAGCGCUCAAGGAGGCGAAAGAAGGUGCGAUGCGUGACCGUAAACGCUAUCAAUACGAAGUGGAUCGCAUCAAAGAAGCAGUGCGACAAAAACAUCUGGGACGACGUGGUCCACAGGCACAAAUCGCCAAACCCAUUCGCGCCGGACAGGGCAAUAUUUCCAUUCGCGGUGGUGGCGGCGGCAGUGCAAUGGGCGGUCAAUUGCCGCAAGCAAGUGCUGUUAACUCAUAAAGCGAGCAAUGCUACUAUAUUUUAACGUAAUGCGUAUGCUUUUAAAAAGAAUUUGCAAUUUUCCAAUGAAUGAUGCAAGCAAGAAAGUGCGGGAGAGAGGAAAUGCUGAAAAGAAAAAGAAGGCGGGUUAAGAGCCCGAAUCGAGAUAAGAGUGAAGUGGUGAUGGAGGGAUUAGAAGCGUUGAAAUGCAUUGAGGCAAGAAUAGGAAUGGCGAAGCAAAUAACAAAUGAUUUAAUAUUUCUAUUUAGAGAAAAAAAUAAUUAUUUAUUUUACAUGAAAACCAUAAUAAUUAAUUGUAAUACAAAAAAAGAAAAACUAAUGAUAUAAAAUAUAAUUUUAAACCAUACAGAAUAUGAAGAAAAUUUAAAUGAAAAAAAUACAAAAAAAAAAUACAUAGUAUACAAUAUAUACAUAUUUGUGAAAAAUGAAUAUAAUGUACGAACGUCACUUUUGGUUGCUACAGGAAGGGUAUAUUCUCCUUGUUUCCUUACUUAUAUUUUGUGCAAUGAAAAUUGUGUAUUCGAAAAGGAUGCUGAGCAAUAAGUUUUCCAGCAAAUGUGUUUCAUUGCGUUUUUAUUGCUUUAAAUUUCAGAUAAUUUCAGUUCUUGUGCUCUUCUUUCAGCUCUUGGUUCGCUGCGAUGAAUCAUCUUCUGCGCAACAGUUAUAUGAUUAGUAUUUUUUUAUUUUGUUUUGUAUAAUGGAGUUCUUAUUUGGACAGCAAAAGCAUGAUUUUGCCUGGUGCAAAAUUUCGAAAAAUGCAUUUUGCUGAUGAGUUUGCUGUGCUGAUUAUUCCAUUUGUGCCUUUUGGAAAUUUGCUCAAUUACUAACAUUUUUAAAUUUGUAUUAAAAUUUUCUGUUUUAAAUUCA